CCUCCUCCCCUUGGCCCGGCCUGCGGGACUUGCAGCGGCGACAGCGGCGGCACUGGGGGGUUCCCGGGUGUCUGGGAAGCUGCCGCGGCGAGGGAGAGACGCCAACCGAUGGGGAAGCUGUAGGGAAUUAGUAUAAUGGCAACAGAUGAUGAUGGACUGACAUUAUGUGAUAUCCCUUGUGGUGCUUCCUCUUUUAGGGAUGAUGAUGAGAGCUCAGUGGAUAUUUAUGAUGGGUUGGACAGCACUUCAGUUGUUUCGGACAAUCUUGCUCAAAACUCUACACCCACAAGAAACUGUUUAAACUUAUUUGAUGAGAUCCUGAUUGAAGAAGGAACUGCAAAGGAAGCAACUUACAAUGAUUUGAAGGCAGAGUAUGGAAAAUGUCAGCAGCAGAUUAAAGAGUUGAUGAAGAAGUUUAAGGAAGUACAGGCACAGAACUCCAUUCUACAAAAUGAAAAUCAGGCACUUAAAAAGAAUAUUUCAGCACUUAUCAAAACUGCUAGAGUGGAAAUUAAUCGCAAAGAUGAGGAAAUCAGUAACCUCCACCAAAGGCUAUCAGAAUUUCCCAGUCAUCGAAAUAACUACGCUAGAACGUAUCAUUCAGGAUCAACUAAUACACGGUGCUCCGAGAUAAAUAAAACAAAAGAUCCUAAAUUCAGAGCUUCUUCUUUAGUAGACAAUACAAAGACAGAUCAUAGACUGAAAACUGACUGUUCCAAAGAUGUACAUCACAGUUAUUCAUCUCACAAUAUGGAGGAUGGAAAAUCACACUCAGAAAGAAGAAACUCUCCAUAUUUACUCAGAUAUCCUCCUGAAGAGCUUUGUAAAGACAGUUCUCAUACCUGUUUCCAAAACUUUGACCACUACUUCAAUAAGGGUAACAGGAGGGAAAGAGAAAUGAAAAAUGGUGAGCAGUAUAGCAGGGUUAAUGACAACAGGUACAAAAGAGAUACAUACCAGAGCACUGGUAACAGUACAGAUAGUGAACAGGGAAACACAGACUCUCAUCAAAAGUUGCACAUAUAUUCAGAAAAAUCUGGUAAAAGUGAGCUGCAGCAAGAAAGUAAGAGCAAAAAGCUGAAAUGUAGCCCACCUGUGGAAAAUAGAACUGAUAGGUGCAUUUCUACCUGGGAGAAACAAACAGCCAUUAAGGAGAGAUCACAAACAGUUGAAUCUCAAGGUGAUGAAAAGGGUGAAAGGUCACAAAACAUAAAUAAACAGGACCUUGAAACACACGAUAAAGAUGAGAAGAAUUUUGCACAGAAAAACAAAUCAACUGAAAAGCAACAAGAACAACCAAGAAGGUCUGUCCGAGUGAGUAGUCCACAUUCAAAGAAUGAAGCUGCAAGGAACCCACACAAAUUACAUAAGUGCCCCGGGGAAAACUGUAAAAGAGGAACAGAUGGAGACUGCAAGAGGGAUAGAGGAGUAAGUGAUCAUAGUUCCCGAGAGGCAAGAUCUUCACCUUCUACUUCCAGUAACAGAGAGCACAAACAUACGCACUCCAAGGAAAGUAGCAGCAGAUAUGAAUGGGAAACUACAUAUUCAAAAUUGGAGAGACACAGAACUGAAGAAAAAAGGAAAAGAGAUAAAGAAAACCAGGAAGAAAGUAGGCAUCCUAGAAAUGAAAGAAAACUAACAAAAGAAAUUACACACCAGACUGCAAAAGAAUCCAAGAAGGUUACAGAUGCUACAAAAAAUGAGAGAAACAAAUCGUCUAAACCAGAAGAAACACCCAGAGUAGCAGAUGGUUUAAAAGAGCACAAAGCUAGAAAAGCUAAAGAUGAUAAAAAUGGAACAAAAAAGGAAGAUCUAAAACUAAGCUUUAUGGAAAAGCUAAAUUUAACUCUUUCUCCUGCUAAAACACAGCCUCUCUGUCAAAAUAAUGGAAUUGAAACAGAUUCCAAAAAAGCCAGUAGUGAAGAUAGUACAGAGACCACAGGGCAUACAGAAAUGUUAACACCUGCCCAACCUAUUAGUAUUGCUUCGGUAGAGCAAACCAAGGUUCCAGUUCAAACAAACUUGGAACCAAAGACACCUGUUUCUGAGAUCAAAAGGAAAACUGAAAAUGAAGCUUUGGCAGAAACUCUAGACCUAGUGCAGCCUGAAGCUUUGGCAGAAACAGUGGAUGCACUGCAACCUGAACUGACUAUUAACACUGUGUCCCUUCCUGAGGCUGGAAUAGAGAUGGACAAGGCAGACAAAACAUGCAAAGCUCCUGAGUUAGAAAGCCCUAUGAAUCAUGAUGAAGCUCAGAACAUCGAUUAUGAUGACUUGGAGACCAUUAGUUCUGAUGAUUUUGAGUCCCAUAGUGUUGCAGAUGAUAUUAGACAAAUGAAGUCAGACUCAUUAAUGCAAGUGGUAGAUACCAAUGAUGGUGUGUCUGGAGAAAGUUUUGAGUAUCCUGCCAAGGAAAACAGUGCUUUGAAAACUGUACCUUACAAGGAGGGUGUGACUACAUCCAAACCAACUGACAGGGAUAUACCAACGGAUGGGGGCGUACCAGUAAUUGAUCAAAACACUUGUAAUUUGGAGCAAAACUUGCCAGAACCAGAAAUCAGUGUAGUAACAUCUUCUCAUAGUGAUAAAAUAGAUCCUAGAACUAAAGCAAGAGAAACUAACCCAGUUCCUGCUGACGAUGACAAUUCAAUAUUAAGCAUUGAUCUCAAUCACUUGAGAUACAUUCCAAAGGUUAUCAGCCCACUGAAUAGUCCAAUGCGACCACUGGCUAAAGCACUCAGGAUGGAGAGCCCUUGCAAAGGACUUGUGAAGAGUUAUAACAAAGAUUUAACUCCUGAAAGCACAGUUGCCUGUCCCUCAAAGACUCUGUCAAAUGAAGUAAAUAAAGAAAAUCAAAAGCCAGUUUGCUCACCUGAUAAACACUUAGAGAUGGAGUCCCAGCUGAACAUAUCCUCAGAUGAAUUAGAAGAAGGAGAAAUUGUAAGUGAUGAUGAAAAACCCAAAUCAGAAAGAAACUCUGAGACUAGUAAAAUAUCAAGGGGAAGAGCUUCUCCUGAAACACACAAUUUGAGCAGCAGUCCACAUAACCAAAUGAAUAAAACUUCAUCUUGCAAAGAAGAUAGUGGAAAAUUAGCUUACAAAAAAGGAAAUGCAAACAAAAGUAGAGAAAAACAUAAAACUGGAGCUACCAGAUCGUCAAAAGAAAGAAAGAAAAAUAAAACUGUGAGCAUUGCUUGCCUUGAAAAAAUAGUUCAAAUUAUUCUUGAACCUUCUACUGUACAAGAAAUUAUGCAGAUGUUAAAAGGUAUACGAAAACAGAUAAGAAAAAAUUAUAUGAAGUUCAAGAUGCAUUUCCCAGUUCAGCAUUUUCACAGAAUUAUAGAAUCAGCAAUUUUGAAUUUUACAUCAUUGAUAAAGUACCUAGAUUUUUCCAAGAUGUCUAGAUUAGGUGAGACUUUAAAAUUGACUCUCUGUGAAACUAUAGAGUCUAAACUAAGGCAUGUUAAAAAGAAUGCAACAGUGGAACAACUUUUUGAACAACAGCUGACAGAUAUGAAAAAACAGUUGUGGAAAUUUGUGGAUGAACGGCUUGAUUACUUAUUUGAAAAAAUAAAGAGAAUUCUGGUAAAACUCUGUGAUUUAGUAAGCAUUGGAAAUGAGAGUGAUGAAGGGAAGCUUGAAAUCAUAACUACACAAAAACAGAAAUGCACAACAGAUUAUAAAAAUGAUGUACAGAAAUCCAGGAAAAAGUCCCAAAAAGUAAAAUCUCAAAAGUCUGAAGAAUAUGUCCUUCCUAAACCAGUGGUAAGUUAUCAACCAUUCAACAAGUGUCACCAUGACAAAAAUAAAACAGAUGCACCAAAAAAUAUGAUUACAAAAUGUCUAAAUUCCAUUGAUAAUACAAGGAACUCUCAAACCCAAGUGCUUCCCUCUAAGGAAAAUAAUUUACAAGGCACCCUAACUCCACUGAAAAGUGCAAGAUAUGAAAAGGAAGGCUUUCACAUGGUCAGAGAUGCUCACAAGUCUGAUUUUAAUUAUGAACUUCUUACAGAACAGCAAACUUCUAGUCUUACAUUUAACCUAGUGAGUGAUGCACAAAUGGGUGAAAUAUUCAAAAGUUUGUUACAAGGCUCUGAUCUUUUAGAAAAAAGCAUCAGCAGCAUUGAUACGGAUCAGUGGGAGUUCAGGACACCAGAAAAACAGAUCCUGGAAAGUCAGAAAUGCAGAAAUAAUCCAGCUUCUGUUAUAGAAGAGGCAGUUCCAAUAGAGGCCUGUGUGAAAUCUGGACCAGUAGAGGGUAUUAAUUGGCCUGCGGUUUCACCUGAAAGAGCCUCAUCUUUAUCAUCUAGACUUCAGAUGCCAGUUGAUCCAGAUGUUCUGGAUGAAAGCUGUAUGUUUGAAGUUCCUCCAAGUGCAGUUUCCAGCAAAGAUGAUGAAUGCAGUUUACAAAGGAAUAAGUCAUUUGUUUCUUCUAUACUCCUUGAAGAUCUAGCAGUUUCUUUAACUAUUCCAUCACCUUUGAAAUCGGAUGCUCAUCUUAGCUUUCUGAAACCUGAAAACACAUCUGGUUCAACUCCUGAGGGAGUUCUUAGUGCACAUUACAGUGAAGAUGCUCUUCUUGAAGAAGAGGAUGCCACUGAACAAGACAUUCAUUUGGCUUUAGAAUCUGAUAACUCAAGUAGUAGAUCAAGUUGUUCUUCAUGGACAAGUCGGCCCAUUGUUCCUGGUUUCCCUUGUGACCCCAGCCUACCAAUGCAAGCAGUAAUAAUGGAGAAAUCCAAUGAUCAUUUCAUUGUUAAGAUAAGACGUGCAGUGCCUUCUAUAUCACCAACCCUUGAUCAGACUACCCUGGCAGAGGAGUCACUGGUAUCCUUAACCAAGAAAGAAAAGGAAGAAAUUAUAUCUGCCAGAAUAAAAAAAGAUAAUCAGGAUACCACAGGCACAACUGUUGAAGAAAAAGAUUCUAAGAGCGAUAUCAAUGUCAUUGAUUCCACUGAUGAGCUACAUAAUGUCAGUGCUAGACAAGAACAAGCUCAUGAUUUGCCUGAGCCCCUUAAGGAGCCACAUAGUGCCACUAGAAAAGACGAAGCUCCUAACUUGUAUAAUCCCUUUUCAGAAGCAUCAAACAAAAAUAGCCAUGGUAGUGAAAACACAAGUGAAGACUUUAAGCUGUCUCAGAUGCAUGAAUUGAAAGUGCCUGAAAACAAGAGAGAAAUAUCUAACUCUUCAGAAGAAAGUCCUGUUAAAGCUGAAGUUGCUUUUCCUUCUGAAUGCAGUGUUGAUGCAUAUAUAGAUUUGACAGAAGAUAUUGCCAAUGAAAGUGAAGUAGAUUUAUGUAAUCUUGCAGUGGAAUCGACUUUAAAAGUUACAGAACAGGAAAUUCAUAUAGGAAACUUAGAUAAGGGUGAUACAAAGGAAGAACCAUUGGAGUGCAGUGUUAAUGCAUAUAUCGAUUUAACAGAAGAGCUUUCCAGUGAGAUUAAAGCAGAUGAGUGCAACUCUAAAACAAAAUCCACUUUAAAUGUUGAUUUGGGAUGCCAGACAAGUCUUGAUAAAACUAGCAAAAAGAGGAAAAAGGAGUCUGUAACAGACAAUUCCAAGUCAAAAAAACCAAAAAAGGAAACUGAAUCAGCUAGUGAAAGAAAUGAUAAAAGUAGUAAGAAGUCUGAGGAGAAAGGUUUAACUCCCAAAAGAUCUUGCAGUAAGAGGACUGAAUUGCCUGAGAAUAAAGAUACUUCAACUUCCUCCACAUCGCCACGUAGUCUAUAUGCCAAAAACAUCAUUAAAAAGAAAGGAGAAGUAGUUGUUUCUUGGACAAGAAAUGACGACCGAGAAAUUCUAUUGGAGUGUCAAAAAAACGGACCAUCAGGAAAAACAUUUAUUUCUGUAGCUGCCAGGCUAAACAAAAGCCCAAAUCAGGUUUCAGAAAGAUUCAAGCAGUUAAUGAAGUUGUUCAAAAAGUCAAAGUGCAAGUAGCUAUUAAGCAAGCUGCUGUUGUGGUACAGGGUUUUGCUGUUGUCAGCAGCGACUGACUACUCCAAGUGCACACUUAUGGAUACUAUGGGAAGUAUCCAAGUCAGAACACCUAGUUCAGUAAGCUGGUGCACAGUCAUUUUAUUAGGUCACUCUUCCUCAUACAGUUGAAAUGCUUUAUCUCGGCUCAAAUAGCAACAAGCAUUCAUUCUUUCAGCCUCUCAAUAGUGUGUCAGCCAUAUGUGGGGAAAACAAAAACCAAACAAAACCAGCAGGCUGAUUGAAGGAGAAAAUUCCUGUACAAAUGGAACAGUGUACAUUCAAAACUGCAGAAACUCGGUUGUUGGUUAAACUUGUUACAUAACUGAGGGAACCUGCUCAGUCAAAUGAAGCUGGUGACAAACUUAUUAAAGGUGCUGUGAACAGACUUUGUGUAACAUUGUGAAACAUGGGUUUUAUAAACCUAAAUAAUUGCCUGGAGUCCAAUUGCUAGGAAAUCUUCAAAACAUCAAAAUAUUCUUUUAGGUUUUUUUGUCUUUUGUUUUUGUUUUUUUUCAAAUGUGACCUUAAAAUACAGUUCCUAAUAGGAAUAAUCCUGAAAUCAGUUGUUCUAGUAACUGGAUUAUCACAUAAUGAGAGAGUUGAUUCUUUCCAACUACAUGAAUUGCUAACAGUGGAAUUCAUGUUGGGGGAAAAUCGGACAUUGCGUCAUGCAGUUAAGCUAGUAAUUAAUUCAAUCGCCAGUUUUUCAGAUGACUGCUUACGUUCUGAGAUUGACUGCUGUGGAGUAUUCCUUUACUAAGGGCUAUUUUGAAGGUGAAAAAGUGGCUGUUCAAACUCUGUUUCAAAAAUCCUUGUCUGUUAAAUGUUGAACAGCUGAAUUUUUCCUUCAGAAGAAAUGUAUAGGUAAUACAAAUUUACAUAAAGUUCAUGUCAUUUUACCAAAAGUUUAUCCUCUCUAACUUGCAUCUUAGAAAUAGCCAUUUAUUUAAAUAGCAUCCUUCAAUAUGUGGGAGCUUUUGGCACUAAAAUUUAAUAUGAAUUAAUCACCUUAAUUUAAAUGGUUUAGAAACAUGGACUUUUGUAAUUGCCUUGUAAAAGGCAAUUUCAUAUUUAUUGCCAGGGGAAAAUCAUUUUCUAAACAGCCACUGAAAGCCUACGUCCAUUUAAUAUACUUGAGCAGCAUCAUGUCAAUCUUCAAAAGUUUCCUUGCAUAAGAUGUCUAACUAUGUGUUUAACUCUUUAAAAUCUUAGAAAUUGUUAUCGUUAAAUGUUACUGUCUUUAAAAUACACGUUACCAUUUUAUAGGUUUUUAAUAAAAGUUUCUUUACAGAUGCCUGUUUAUUCACAGUUUGCUAAUUAUGCACUGGACAAAUUUGUAAUUUGAAUAAAUAGAUGUCCGGGUUCAAGACCAGAUUCUAUGGUCUUUACUCCAUCAAAACAUAAAUUGAAAUAACCUGGAGUUUUGCCUGAAUAAGAACCUCGCCCUGGUUUACUAACUUCAGUUUCGUGUUACAAUUUAGGUUGGCUUACAGUUUUCCAAAAGCCAACAAACCCUUAUUAUACCAUCAGCAUGACAUAUGUUAUUCCCCUGUCACAUAUGUCCUCAGAGGAACAACAUAUUAGACAUACAUAUGUUGUAACAAAUAUAUUAGAACUAGAAGCUCAAUAGACUGUCGGAUUAUUCCUUGACAAUUCUGCUGUUAUGUUUUCUGUUUUGCGAAUAUUACCUAUGGAGUCAUGACUGUUAUAUUGCCAGAAAGUAUGAAACCUAUGUUUUAUAUAGCACCCUAUACAAUGUUAGAAGUAGUGAAUUAUUUAAACAUAGGUUGUGGUGUUGCAAUUGGAAGUUUUCCAUCUUAUAGACACUUGCCACUAAAACUGGAUUGCUUUUAAUGAUCAAAUUCUGUCCUAAGGCACACAAGGCCGGUCCCCAUGAUUUCAGUGGGAGUUUUUGUAUGUGUAUCCGUAUUUGGCCCUAAAAAUUAUUUGUGCCAAUUGUUUAAACUAUAAGUAAACUGAUUAACAAGUCUGUUCUCUGUAUAUUCAGUUUGCAGAGUUGCAUUUGCUUGCUCUUUUGGAAUAAUUAGACAUUGCUGCUGGGGCAUGUUCAAAAAAAAUUCUCUUUAUAGAACAAAAUGUGUACAGUAUCAAAGGCACUAAAGAAAAGCUAAUGGCUUUCAGUGCGUGACCCUCUUCUUCCCUCUCACAAAAGCAAGCAAUAAAUAUUAUUAUAAAGCACACUUGGCCCCUCUUUCUGUUUCUCUACAUUCAUAACUAAGAAAAAUGAUUAGUUUAGUUCUAACUUGAAUUCCUUUGUUGUAAAUUGUUAAACUAUUUUUUUAAAUGUUGCCUAUUGUAAGUAUGUGUACAGGUUCCCAUAUGGCUAUGUAAAAUAUCUUGUGUAUAUAUAGCUUUAUUUAGCCAAAGAUUUUUAACUAUGUAAAACUCCAAGUUUAUUUUGUAUAAACUGUUAGUUUGCUUACUGUAAGAGCAAUGCAAAAAAUAAUAAAACCUUGUAAAGUUCACGCUUAUGUUCUUGUUGAUCAAAUGUUGGCUUGAAGUGUUUUGUACUAUUGUUUAUAAUUUAUUUCAAUAAGAAUUUUGAUACCAUAUAUGCAAAAUGUACUGUAUGUAAACCUACAGUCUAACUUGUAAACCUCAGGUAAAUGAAAACAACUUGUCUGAAUUACUGUUGGCUAAUGGUGUGGCAACUGCUAUGCAGCAGCAUUAAAGCUGCUUCUAUAAAUAAUGAGGAUGUUGGGGGAGUUCUUCUCUCUUUCCUCCACAUGAACAAUAAACAUAAGUGCUUAGCCAGCA